AUGAUCCUUAAGAUCCGGCACUUGGAAUCAUUCGAUCGGGAGAUGCUGCUGUGCCUUGCCCUGGAGAAACUGCCGCCGGUUCGUCGCACCCUGGUGGCCAAGGGACACAUGGCCCUGCUGCUGCUGCAUGCGCGGCAUCGCCUCGCCAUGGAUGAUUAUGUGGCGAAGCUGCUCGGCCAACUGGCAGCCAUACGGAACGAUGUGGAAGUGGCUGCCAUAUUCGUGGGCAGCCUGCAGUCCGUGUUCGACCUUGCCGAUGACUUUGCGCGUGGCGAGCAGCUGCUGCUGGGCCCCUGGCUGACGCACUACGUCGAGAAGUGCGGCCAGGCAUCGCAGGAUCGCGUCUGGCAGGCACUGCACGCGCUCAUCCAGCGGCUGGGCGAACCGAGAGCCAGCUCUGGCAAUGCCGGCGGCAUGAAGGAGGCGCUCCAGCAGCACAUUCUGCCCCUGCUGCGGACACAGUACGUCGCUGGACACAGCACCUGGCUGCCGCGGCUGGCGGCUGAAUUCGUCGGCCUCGAGAAGGAGCGGGAGAAGCUUAUGGUGAGUUUUUUGCAGGGUCCCGAGCCCGCGAACAUGGCUGCCUCGGCCCAACUGAUUGUCCAUCUGCUGGAGGAGAGAAGCAGCCAGGCACCGGCACCGGCACCGUCGCCGUCGAGUGCCAUUAUCCUGCAGGUGUGGAUCAAAUCUCUGGUGCUGCUCACCGCCCAGCACGAGUCGGUGGCGUCGCUUACCGGGCAUGUGGUGCAGCUGGAGGAGUUCCAGCAGCUGGCCAUAGAUCCCGCCUCGUUGGCGGGUCGCGAGCCGCUCUGCGCUUUCUUCGGCGCCCUCGGGCGACGUGCCCAGCAGGGGGACGCCCGCAUUCGCAUGCAGCUGAGCCACCGGCUGCACGCGUACGUGAAUCACUUUGAGCUGUGGCUGCCGCCGGACCGGCUGCGCUCUGAGCUCGGCUCUCGCUUCUACAGCUUCCUGGCCAUCGUCAUCUACAACUGCCCGAGCCUCGCGUAUGUGCGCGCGAAGCCCAGCUGCUUCUUCCACCUGUCCAUGGUGCGGUUCCUGCUGACGACACAGCUGCAGGCGGGCGUGACGCCCGAGGGUCGACUGCCCCAGCUGGUGCACAAGAUCUUUCCCGUGCUGCUGCAGGGCAUCGGUCGGCUGCCCUAUCGCACGGACGCCUAUCUGGGCAAGACGCUGGAGCAGCUCAUACUCCACUGGACGCCGCACUUUAGCUUCUCCCCCAAUGCCAAGCUGGUGGCUCGUCCCUACACGACGCUGCUCCACGCCGAUGCCGGCGGCGAUGACGGGGAACUCGCACAGUUUGUGCUGCAGCAGCUGGUGGGCCACUUUCUGGUCGUUGUGCGCCGCAAGGCGGGCAACCAUUCGGGUCUCGUGAUCACUCUGCUGCAGCAGAUGGUCGAGAGCAUCGCUGCCGAACAGGAGCAGCAGCUGCUCAGCCUGCUGCGUGCCGUGCACACGCCGCUGCUGGAGCACGUCAUGUUUGUGGAUGAGCUGGAGCACAGUCGGGGCCAGGUGCUGUCGCUGCAUCGCCUCAUUGUCUCGCACGAUUGCUUCCGACGCUCACAGCCAGCGAGGGAGCUGUGCCUCAGCCAUCUGCGCGCUCUGGCCGACAAGCACUUGGCCCACUGCACAUAUUUCUACUUCCAAAUGCUCAUCAAGCUGGCGGAACAAUCGCCGGAGCUGCUCACGCCGCUGCUGCCCUUUGUGCGGGAGCAGGCCAGGCUGGUGGAGCUGAAGCGCGGCGCUGGCGAGGAUGUGGGCAUACGCAAGUGCCUGCAGCGACUCGAGCAGGUGUUGCCAGGGUAGCAUAGGCCUCUGCAAAAUAAACACA